GCACUGAGGCAGACAGGCACUGAGGCUCGGCUUGGCAGUACCUGAGUGGCUCAAGACUCAAAGUUUAGCUGUUAACUCCUUUCUUGGAACUCUAACUUGGAGCAGUAUAAAAGGUCAACAUGGCCAUGCCAGAAAAGUCAAGUUGUGUCAAACCGACUGAGGAGUGCAGCAGUUUUCCUGAGAUUAUUGAACUCAAUGUAGGUGGCCAGGUGUACAUAACUCGCUAUCCUACUUUGAUCAGCAUUCCUGGUUCCCGGCUCUGGGAAAUGUUCAGUGUAAAGAACCCUUGCUCACUGAUCCAGGACAACAAAGGGAGAUUCUUCAUAGAUCGAGAUGGUUUUCUCUUUCGCUAUGUCCUAGACUACAUGAGAGACAUGCAAGUAGUCCUCCCAGAUCACUUUCCAGAGUGUGGCCGACUCCAUAGAGAAGCAGAAUACUUUAAGCUGCCAGAACUAGCCAAGAUGUUGGCUCUUAAAAUGAACAAGCUCAACUCAAUUGGCAAUGACUCAUGUCAGAUUGAUCUAGAUGAGCUCUCACCCAGCAUUGACACCACGUACAAUUUCUCUUCAACUAAUAGCAUUCAUAUUAGUGGCCCUGAUAAUCCUGUGGUCCUGACAGCUGCCCCUGGUUCUGAGCUCAAGAAGGCUGGCUUCAUCACUAUUGGCUAUCGAGGUUCCUAUACUCUGGGCAGGGACAGCCAAACAGAUGCCAAAUUCCGCCGUGUGGCCAGAAUCAUGGUAUGUGGUAAGAUCUCAUUAGCCAAAGAAGUGUUUGGAGACACUCUGAAUGAGAGCAGAGACCCAGACCGCCCUCCGGAGCGAUAUACUUCUCGAUAUUACCUCAAAUUCACGUUCUUGGAACAAGCCUUUGACAAACUAGCUGAUGCUGGCUUCCACAUGGUAGCAUGCAACUCCACUGGCACCUGCACUGUCACACAUGACCAAACAGAUGACAGGAUCUGGACCUCUUACACUGAAUAUGUUUUCUAUCGUGAGUGAUACUUAAAGUCAUCCAGGGAAUACAAACCCCCAAACCGUCUUUCUCCUCUGUUUCCAUGUCAACUGUCUCCUUUAGAAAUAGAUACAUUAAUCACUCUAGGUUCCCCAGUGUUCUGCAUAAUCUUGAACAAUGCCACUUCUCUCAUCAUAACCACUUGAACCUUUGAUGGU